AUGGGUAUAUUAAACUUCAGUUCUUGCACAUAUGAAGUCAUAUUUGUCAUCUUCAAUUUCGUUGUAGGCAUAAAUUUCUUUGCUUAUUCUCUGCCUGAUCCUACUAGAACAAGCUGUCCUCUUGAUUUUCAAGUAUCACCUUUUGGUAAUAUUUCGAGUUGUGACGGAGGUGAUUGGGGUGGAUUUCUUCCCAGCAAUUGCUGCGGAGUUGCUUUCGACGUGUACCUUCACGCAUUGGGACAGACAGCAAGUAAUUCUGGACAAAUUUUCUUGGAUGGUGGUGACCAGACAAAGUGUGUGACUUCAUUGAAGAGUUUUGAUGGUAAUGUUACGAGUUGUGGGUUUGAAAGACUUACACGUGGACGUGGUGGUGGCGGUUGUUCGCAGUUUUCUGUUGCAGAUGUCGCGAGUAACUUGGGACAUGAAUCGAAAAGUUUAGAGAAUGAUUGCACAUUUUCGAGUAAUGAUGAGCAGGACUGGGAUCAGGUGUGUAGCAAUUGUGUGAGGAGUUGGGAAGAUAUGAAAGGAUCGUCAAAACAUAGUGGAGAAGUAGAGAAAACCCAAAGAGAUGUUUGUAGGUUUGCUGUAUUGAUUUCAUUAACCAGUAAAAGGAUUGCCGAUAGAAGAUGGGCACAGUCAGUUUAUAGAUGCCUUGGAGCUCUAGAAAAACAAGAAACAAAUGUUCAGAAGAAUAUUCACGCAGCAAUAUGGAUUCUAUUAGGAGGUCUUCUUUGUAUUGUGGUACUGAUAGUUGUCGCUGCAUGCAUGCUAUGGAAAAGACUAACCAAACCAAACAUGUUACCAGGGAAAGCUGUGACACCAGCAAAGGAGUUACCUGAGAUACCUGGUGGUUGCCAGAGAAUUCCAGUCAAGGAGAUUAUGUCAGCUACAAACAAUCUAAAUGAGUUAAACUUCAUUGGUCAAGGCACAGCAGGGAAGGUCUAUAAAGGUGUACUGUCAAAUGGUCGGAAAAUUGCAGUUAAGCACAUAGUCAACGAGGAAAAUGUGGAGACAUUUGUCAGAGAAGUUACAAGCUUAUCGCAUGUUAAACAUCCAAACCUUGUCUCCUUGUUGGGCUAUUGCGAGGAAGAGGAUGAAUGUUUUCUCGUCUACGAGCUAUGCCCAAAUGGGAACCUGUCAGAGUGGCUAUUUGGUAAAGAUAAAGUACUAUCAUGGAUUCAGAGACUUGAGAUUGCAAUCGACUGUGCACGAGGUCUUUGGUUUCUCCAUACGUAUGUAGAGGGUAGCAUUAUUCAUCGUGAUAUCAAGCCAACCAACAUCCUCUUGGGGACGAAAUUCGAAGCCAGACUUUCAGACUUCGGUUUGUCAAAGGUGAUUGAUGCGGGUCAGUCUUAUGUGAGCUCAGAAGUGAGAGGAACCUUCGGCUACGUCGAUCCUGAAUAUCAACGGAAUCACCGUGUCAAUGCAGCUGGUGAUGUUUACAGUUUCGGAAUCGUUUUACUACAAUUACUAUCUGGGAAGAGGGUUAUUAUACUAAACUUGAAAAGACCGAUGGCCCUGGAUAAAAUGGCAAAGUUUAUCACGAAAGGUGGAAAUAUAGCAGAAUUUGCUGAUCCUAAAAUGAAUGGAGAAUACUCGAACGAAGCUUUCGAACUCAUUCUCAAGUUGGCUCUUUCAUGCACUGCACAGAAGCAGCAAAGACCAUCUAUGGAACAAGUUGCUAUAAGACUAGAAAACGCUCUCAAUAUAUCUCUCUCUGCAUCUGCUUCCCUACCUAAGACCACUCCUAACCUCUUCCAUGUGACUGAAUGGGAGGUUGCCCACUCAGCUACAUAUCUCAAUCACGGUCACCAUUAG